AUGACAAUGCAAGAUCCCUUAGCUGGUGCAUCUACUUUGAAAGACAUUGUUCGACCUCAAUUCCAUCAGGUCAGCCUUAGUGCUGACAACUUCGUAAAGUAUACCAUUGGUGUAAAACUCGAUAAAGAUGAUCAGAUUUGUCGACUGGCCCUUACUCCUGCAGGAUGUCCCCUAGGGCCUUUACAAUGUCCGCUGCGACAUACAAAUCCGUCACCACAGAAUUUCCAACCACCAAAGCAAGUAUCUAUGCACCCGCGAGACCGUAAACGACUCGCUACGGUUUGUAAGCACUGGCUUCGUGGUUUAUGCAAGAAGGGUGAUGCCUGCGAGUUUUUGCACGAGUAUAACUUAAGACGGAUGCCUGAGUGUUGGUGGUACGCAAAGUUUGGUUACUGUCAAGCAGGUGAUGAAUGCCUCUAUGCCCAUCCGAAGGAGAAGAAGAUAGAAUGUCCGGACUACAAGAGAGGUUUCUGCAAGCUUGGUACGUGUAGCUUCUUUAAUGUAAAUAUAAUACUAAACUCUUUCAGGACCUCAUUGCCCUCGAAAACACGUCAGACGGGUUGCAUGCAAAAUUAUUUGACCGGGUACUGUCCUUUGAAACAAGAGUACACUCGUGGACACCCGAAGCCCGACCUUCCAACCCCGAAGGACUAUGAGCCUCCCGAGGCUCCCUCACAAAGAGACUUAGACCCUCCCCCUCCAGGCUACGGAAGGUACACUGGUUUUGAUCGGAACGCAAAUCUCUAA